AUGACGCUUCCCCUGCCAGUCAUUUUCCUCCUACAGACACAUUUGACGCCUGCAGAGUUGCACAAACUGGAGGAGGAUAUCCCAACUCUGACUUAUGACGUCAAUGAAGCAGAAGUGGUGCUUGGCAGAGUAUCCCGGAAGCAGCGUGCCCAGUUUGAAUUGCGCCGCUUGAAACUCGAGACAGAGCCUGUCGAAACAGACGCUACAAGCGAUGAGCCCGGUCAAGAUGCAGGCUUCGAUGGGCGGCAGUCAAAGCGCCAAAACGCGGAGGCUCUAGCAUCGACCUCGGAAUCAGAUAGCUCUGUCGUGAAAGUCGUGAAUUUGUCAUGGCUAACAGACUCUAUACAGAGAGGGGCAAUUGUGCCAAUGUCAAAAUAUAUAGUCUAUGAAGGAAAAAAGCGAGCCCGCAGCAAAUCAAAUGCGAACAGUCGAACCGGCUAUGGCAGAGCGAAGGUUGGCAGCAUCCUGGGCCGCGCCGAAGGCGACAAAGAAGAAUCAAGCACCGAGUCGACUCCGCGUUUUAAAAGAAAACAGAAGGAAAACCCAAACACGUCCAAUUAUCCUUCAGCGGAGCCUUUUGCGAGGCCGGGCCUGAUCCGUCAAUCCACGUCAGAGCACGAUUUGCCGAUGCCCCCUAUUCCAAACUAUCUUCACACAACUUAUUCAUGCCAGCGACCGACUCCAAUAAAUCCACCUAACGCGGCUUUUAUUGCCGCGCUUAAGAGCAUUCGAACCCUCCGUCUCCUACAAGGUGAUAAAAUAGGAGUACGGGCCUACUCUACAUCAAUAUCCGCAAUAGCGGCGUAUCCUUACAAGAUACAAACCCCUCAAGAAGUAUCUCGCUUGCCAGGCUGCGGAUGGCGAGAUCUGGACGACAUUGUGGAAUAUGGUUGGCAAGCGCUUAGCCGUGUUCAGCAAAUUGGAGUCAAAUAUUACGACGAGUUUCAGCAGAAGAUUGGUCGCGAAGAAGUUGCUAGAAUUGCGGAUAUUAUCCUGGACCACGCCCGCCUGCUUGAUCAAGGAUAUGAUAUGGCGAUUGUGGGUGGUUAUAGGAGAGGUCGGGAGGAAAGCGGCGAUGUCGACGUCAUACUAACACAUAGAGAGGAGUCCAAGACUAUCAAGCUUGUCGAAAAGCUUGUUUUGAGCCUUGAGAAAGACAAGUACAUAACACACACGCUCAGCCUGUCGACCAGGAACAGUGAACGAGGACAGGCACCACUUCCGUGGAAAGGCGAAGGUAGCUCCUGGAGCACAGGCUUUGACACACUUGACAAGGCAUUGGUUGUAUGGCUUGACCCAAAGGAGGCAAAAGCGGUGCACCGACGCGUCGACAUUAUUGUCAGCCCCUGGAAGACGAUAGGAUGCGCCAUUUUGGGCUGGAGCGGUGAGACGACAUUUCAACGAGACCUUCGAAGAUACUGUAAGAAAGAAAAGGGGCUCAAGUUUGAUAGUAGCGGCAUUCGCAGCCGGGAAGACGGUCGCUGGAUUGACCUGGAGCGCAGCGAUGCGAGCGCUAGUAGCAUGGAAGAAGCCGAGAGACGAGUAUUUGAGGGACUGGACAUUCCUUGGCGGCCUCCAUGCGAGCGAUGCACGGGCUAA